CACCCAGUCAGCCAGCAGCUUCAUGACUGAUGGGACUUUACCUUGCUAAUUUAUUUCAUUAUCGUUACCCGGGCAUGAGGAGAAUGGAGAUACGGACUAUGCAGUAUGAGGAAUGUCACAUGUGACUGUGGAUAUGGGACAAGGGACUAUUCAAAUGUCAGAUGACCCUUCCCAGCAAUCAAUUCAUACCUAUGUUAACAUCACUACAGUUACAUAACAGUUAGUGUCCUUGACAAUUGAUCCUAAAGAAAGUGACAUUGGAUUAAUGGAGUCACUUGAAACUACUGCAGGAGUGGAACGCUCCACUGAGGGUCAGGACAGAAAUGUUGCACAGAAGAAAUGCACCUCAGAGGCAGCACAGACACAAAGGAGUCCAUCAGUUGAAUCAGAAGGCAAGGGUUGGCACCAACAAAUGCUGGAAGGCCAGAGAAGAGACACAUGUGGUUUCGAAGAAAUGUCUGACUCAGGGAAAUCACUGCAAUUAGAAGAUCAGCACUCCCAAAUCCAGUCCGCAGCCCACCAAGAAUAUGAGGCGUCUUCGUAUCCAGGACAGCCCACAAAACAGUUUACCAGUGGCAACCAGAAAGCUCUAUGUCACCUAGGUUCUGCACAGUCCCCGGGACCUGCAUCUGAGAGGAUGUCCACCAGUUCACAUGAAGUGCAGCAACAGUGCUCCCAUUCAGGGAUGGAUCAGCUGUCAGAGACGGCAAGCAAGGUGGAACAGAAACCACAAAAGCCAGGGAAGUAUGUUUGUGAUUACUGUGGAAGGGCAUGUGCCAAACCCAGUGUACUUAAGAAACAUAUUCGCUCGCACACCGGAGAACGACCCUAUCCAUGUGUCCCCUGCGGGUUCUCCUUCAAAACCAAGAGUAAUUUAUACAAACACAGAAAGUCCCAUGCUCACUCGGUCAAAGCUGGAACAGUGCCACUCUCAGAUCUUGGUUCUUACAAUGCCAAUACAGAACAGGGGUCUUUUGAAGGGGAAGGAGAGUUAUUCUCUGAUGCUGAGCAAAGCACGGACACGGACGAGGACACUCUUAAUGACCCGCUGCUGCUGCUGGACUCUCCAGUGGAGGGAUCAGAUAACACUGCUGUAAAAGUACUAAAUCUCAUUGCUCAGAAAAAGGGAGCCACGUCGAUGUCAGCUCAGGAUGGUUCAUCCCAGCCCCAAGAAAUCAAUGCACCUCCUGCCGCUGCAGAGGCUAGCCGUGCAAUUCAAUCUUGCACGAUCAAACAGAGACUCGCACUUCGGCUGUCUGAAAAAAGAAGCAGCGACUCGGAGCACAAUCUGUCCCUCCCUAGUCAGUCUAGCAAGGGCAGCACGGACUCUGGGUACUUCUCGCGCUCUGAAAGUACGGAGCACCAGACUGGUCCUCCGAACACUAAUGCAAAGUCCUAUCAAGAAAUUAUGUUUGGAAAGUGUUACAGACCAAGCCCUAAACAGACAGAAGCUUUUGUGGCUUGUAGCACGGACUCAAUUGAGUAUACUACAAAACGGGCUGAGAAAGGUGUUUCUCGCGUUUUUACCCAGGAAAAAGACACUGUUGAGUCAAUCAAAAUAAACACAAAGUCGUUCACAAGGGAAGAGCUAAAAGAGCCCCAGUUGGACACUGGCUCUGAUAUGGGGCUUCUGAUCAGAAGUAACUCAAUGCCAACAGCCUCAGCAGUUUGUCUGACUAUGCCUCAAGCACUUAGAGGCAGCCACUCGUUUGAUGAGAGAACAAGCAAUGGGGGCAAUAGAAGACUCAGGCGGCAAGCUGCUUUCGAACUCUCUGCACAUGAAGGCCAUGCAGACACUGACAGCCAUGCAAAGAUGAGCGAGAGUGGCAUUGCACCCUCAGGAUUGGAAAUGGAAAAUUACCCCUCUUUGGCAUCUAAUAUGAGCCAUCAGAGACAUGCAAUGGAACUGGCAACAAGGAAACGUCGGAAAGAGAAGAGGGAAGAAGAAGAUCUGCCAGGUCAAUGUGAGGUCCUUCAUGAACAGUGUGAGGAAAUGUUUGAUUCAAGCAAAGACUAUGAUUCAAAACAAGCUACAGCUGGGUUUAUAGCAUUGGGAAAAGGACACUCUUCAAGUAUGCUAACACAAGUGGAAAGGUGCGAUAUGGACAUAUCAGUUAGUCUUGAAAUGUCUGGUCGAAAAACUUUAGGGAAUGUAAUUUCGGUUAUCCAGCACACAAAUUCAAUAAACAGGCCUCACUCUGAACAGUCAGAAUCUUACAAGUAUCAUGGGCAGAGACAGGAAAGUGUUUCUUCAUUUCAAGUUAUGGAGGCGAGUGAAGCGUAUGAGAUGGAAAGGAGUGAUAGUAGGCUCAGGCAAUCAUUUCAAAUAGGCCCCAAACUUGUGCGGCAGCCCAACAUACAAGUCCCAGAAAUUAGGGUCACGGUAGAGCCCGACAGUCCAGAAAAAGCUCCAGAGGUGCAGGUGAAAGAGCCAGAGAAGCACGUGGAGGAGUUUCAGUGGCCUCAAAGGAGUGAAACUUUAGCACAAUUCCCUCCAGAAAAGCUCCCUCCAAAGAAAAAAAGGCUACGCUUAGCUGAUAUUGAGCACUCCUCUGGUGAAUCUAGCUUUGAGUCUGCCUGCACCAGUCUUUCUCGCAGCCCUAGCCAAGACAGCAACUUGUCUUAUAGCUCAACCUUCUCUUUUGACAGAGAGGACAGCUUGAAGUCAGUCUCUCCGGCCAGGCAGGAUGAUUUUGGCAAACCACUAGAGCUCUUAGCCGUGCCAGGGAGUGGGCACUCCCUCUCUGUGCUUAACCAGCGUCAACAACAUGAAAUGAGACGCUCCGCCUCAGAGCAGGCGCCGUGUAACUUGCGCAAGGAGUUCCCAGAGGUACGCAGCAUAUCGUUUGACUAUGGCAGUCUUUCUCCGACAUCCAAAGUUAGACACGUGGACAUUAGUGCUGGCCACUGGGCUAUGAGGGAGAGAAGGAGGGGAAACUUGGUACGACAGGAGUCAUUGAAUAUGGACACUGAGGUAACACACGUCCCGUCACAAGUAUUUCCGCAGUGCUUCAGCACCACGUCUCCCCCAUUCACAGCAGUUGCUGUUCUGCCACAGACUUUGCCAAUUUUCUCAACCGGGAAUACAUUUCCCCAGCUGUCACAUCCGAGCCUGUUAGUUCCUGUAAGAAUACAGACUCAUGUGCCAUCCUUUGGCAGUAUCACAUACACUUCAGUAUCACAGAUGAUUGACAAUCAGUAUGACGGUGUUUGCUCCAUUACAUCCAACCCUCAGAAUCAAAGUUCUCGUUUGUCUGGAAAUUUAGAUUCUCAUAACCUAUUAGCUCAUACAAGACCAUCUUCAACACAAAACCUCAGUGUUGAAGCCCUUGAUCUGUCAUCAGCUAAACUUAAGACAGGUAUCCCUCUCUCUCUAACCUCAAGAACUAUCUCAACCACUAACGCCUCCAGUGGUGGCGCAAACAAACGGAUGCUAUCCCCUGCUAGCAGCCUAGACCUUUUCAUGGAGGUCAAGCAGCAAAAACGUGUGAAAGAGGAAAGAAUGUUUGGCCAAAUUGUAGAGGAGCUGAGUGCUGUGGAGUUGGGGAAAUGUAAUUUGAGUGAAGAGAAGGGGCAAAGGUCAGAGAUGCAGGGUGCAUCAACACCUCAUGCUCAGGAUGACUCACAUAGGAGUAAAUUUAUCACACUUCAGCAAAAAGUGACGGAGCCAACUGACCACAGACUUGAGUCAGCAAUGGAAAGUAGCUCCCUGGAAACCAGCUCACCAUCCUACUCCAUGAUAUCAGUCAGCGAAGUGAAAGAAGUUGGCAUGGAGGAACGAGUGCAGAUGGAUACGAUGGCACAGCUGGGUAGUAGUCAAGAUAUCCUGAUCUCACACGCUGAGCAUUCGAGACUGUUAUCUCAGUUUCCAAGUCUUCGCACGACGACAGGUGUGAGCUGGUGUUAUCUCAACUACACUAAGCCAAGCUGCUCUCACACCGACGCCCCUUUCUCCUCUGUGUAUGCCACCUGGUGUGUGAGUUCCCACAACCCCAACCCUCUGGAAUUGACUACCAGUUCUUCGCUGGCUCUGCUGCGGUCUAGACAGAGGGGAGAGAAGGUUAUAUACACAGUGGCUGCCAUGUCUCAGACUGGUACGGGGAAAUUGGUUUCAUCCCUCAUCCUUUGGAGGCAGUCCAUGGAACAGCUGCAGAGGAAACCAGAGCCCAAAGAGGUGGACAUCACCUACGGGAAGAAGGUGAAAGACUCCAGCUGCAGAGUGAAAACUACCAAGGAGGAGUGGAAAGAGAGGGAGGCGUCCACACCCCAAACAGUGCCAACACGCAUUAAGAUCUUUGAGGGAGGGUUCAAGUCCAAUGAGGACUAUGUGUAUGUCAGAGGUCGAGGAAGGGGAAAAUACAUCUGUGAAGAGUGUGGCAUUCGCUGUAAAAAGCCAAGCAUGCUGAAAAAACACAUCAGGACCCACACAGAUGUGAGACCGUACAUCUGCAGGGUGUGCAACUUUGCUUUUAAAACUAAAGGAAACCUGACUAAACACAUGAAGUCAAAAGCACACAUGAAGAAAUGUCUUGAACUGGGAGUGUCAGUGACAUUGGAUGAGACAGAGAUACAGGAACAUGUUGACGACAACCAAGAAGAUUCCAAGUCAGAAGUUGUGAUCACAACCAAACACCAGUUCUCAGAUGCAGAAGACUCUGACGGCAUGGAUGAAGAAGCUGAUGAAAUCGACGAAGACGACGAGGAGGAUGAAGAAUACGAGGGUGACUCUACUCCAAAGUUGCGCUCAAGAAGCACAAGUCCUCAGCCAUGUGGAGUUACUUCUCUGUCAGUCACAGCCACUGCUGCUAUCCAUGGCUGUUCCCUCACCUCUCUGCCUGACCCAGAUGUUCGCCAACAGUCCUCAGGUAUGCGGACUGGUAUGGACCAUAGACCUGUCCUCGCAACAGACCAGAGAGAGAAGUCCAUGGAUGAAGACUCUCUGGCUAUGCUGUCUCCAGACCAUGCCAGCUUUCUAUUCGACCCCUAUUCUUCUUGUCUGCUGUCUCCUGGUUGGGAGUCCCCGAUCAGGGAGCCCUCCCCUUCACGUCUGCGUUACCCGUCCCCGAGGCGAGAAAUCUCCCCUCGUGGUCGCUCCUCUCCUAGAUGGGAUACCUCCCCACUUAGGCCAGGUUCACCCAGCUUGACCCCCAUUCAGCACCUCUCCCCAGCAUCAAUUGAACACCCCAUGUCUCCCGGAACAGAGCUGGCUGGAAGGCCGUCAAUCAGAGGCCGGCAAAGAGUUGUGCUUCGGGCAGUUUCCCCACGCCGAGGUUCACACCAACACAGAGGAAUCAGCGAUAAAACCAGACACCAGGCAAAGAUGGAAAUGGCUCAGCAACAAGUACGCUUUGAUAUGGAAAUGGAUCAAAGGAGCAGCUUGGCUUCCAGUCUGCCUGUUGCUGCCAGUUCUCAUCACCAGAACAUCCUCAGCCACCUCCCACUUCACUCCCAGCAGCAGGCCCACAGUUUGCUCCCCGUUGUUCCCGUCGGAGGCCUCCAGAUGUUACACUCUCCGCCUUCGUCCAGCACUGAUGUCACUAGUUCCUCCGCGCCAAGCCCCCAGAGCAGCGAGGGCCAGCGUUGCAGCAGCAGGGAGGGAUCUGUCCAGGGGCUCGAGAGCGGAGGAGAAGACGCCAGAAGCCAGAACCAGCUGUCCCCCGAACAGGCCGCUCAGGAGAAAGCCUUCAACCCCAGCAGCAGGGACAGUGGACAGGAGGAGAACGUCCAGACCUGCUUGAAAGCCAUCGCCUCGUUAAAGAUUACUACAGAGGACCCUCAUUGAAACCUCUUUUUGUGUCUUUUUGAUUCGACACAGGAACAGACGCCUCUCUGCCACAUCUGCAACCUUGUUGUCCUCUGCCCUUUAGGCAUAUAACUCCAUCUUUAUCCCAUUAGAGGCAAUAUGAUAACACUUCCUCUGGUCUUGAACACAAUCCAGACAGCUCCUUUCACAUCUGGGUUGACAUCAAACCUUCAGAGUGAAGAAGAAACCUUACCUGUCUGAUGUGCUCUUCUCUUCAGAGACUCUUUCAAAUGAUUGGACGAGCAGCAGGAUGUCUUGGGAGGGGGGGGAAAUCAUUAUUGGGUGCAGGUGCAAUAUGGAAAGAUAUUAUGCUAAUAUGCCUUUGUUUGAUGUAGUUUGCGUACAAUUGCACAUAAAUUAUAUUUAUGGAUUCUGUACAAAUGUCCUUAACAUAUACUCCUUCUUAGAUGCAUACAAACAGUGUAUUUUACUGUACGUGUACUUUGAAAAAUAGACUGUUGUUUAACGUAAUCAUAUCAAGAUGUGAUGCAGUAGCGCAGUAAAUAAAGACUAUUUAUAAGGGGGGAAAGGAUGUGUACUAUAAAACAGUCUGACCAAAUUUUAAGUAGAUGCUUCUUGUGCAGUUUGGUGCUUUUAAUCAAGCGGCAAGGGUUUGUGCCUUUACUUUUGCUUUUCAUGGAUCUGUUAUCAGAAGGUUGUUGUUGAACAAGGAGGAAAAUGUCGAGGUAUUCUUUAUUCAGAAGUGUCUGCGGCGUCAGAGGCACCUUUUAAAAGAAAAGCUUUUUUUUGUUGUUUUUUUUCUGCCAGUUCUGCUGACAGACGGUUGCAGCUUCAUUUAUGUGAAACAAUCUUAAAUAAUGUAUCCUUUGUUGCAUUUCUCUUAAUGUUGUGGUUUUUAUCUUGGUAUAAAAAAUGCAUGGGAUUUGCUAUUGCACAAAAAAUAGAGGAAGUUAAUAUGUAAUUAUGAAUACUGUAAAAUGUAUUUAUAUAUUAGAACGUGAGCACUUAUUGAUACUGGUAAAUAUUUGACUACUAUUUAUAUGGUAUAUCUGUACUUAUGCAGCAGUGAUGCAGUUAUGCAGUGAGCCACGCUGGCAUUGCUUUUGAUCUCAUGUAUUUAUGCUUUUUAUUAAACAGCUUUCUUUCCCUCUCAGAUACAGAUGACCAGAAGCAUUUUAUGAGUUUUGACGAUGCACUUUCAUCCUUUCAUCUUUGAUGUUUUCACUGACAUGGUCGAGUGGAGACAGGGGGGGAGUAAAACAUGUUACGUUCUCUCGUGGUUUUGAAACAUUCCAGUUGUUUUUUUUUUUUUUUUUCCACGUUUCUCAUUUUGUGAAACAUGUUGCACACUAUUUCAAGGGGCUAUGAUGAUCAGACGAAAGUGUGUGUUUUCUUGCAUUCAAAGUGUAACUGGAUGAAUCAAUAUCACUUACUGUUAGUAAUGCUAAAGUAAUGAUGUUAACAGCGUGAGUUGGUUGACUUUACCUGUGGCUCAACCCAAAAUGUAAGUAAUCAUUCACCAAAUGCAUUACUUCUUCUUUGUAAAUAUAUGUGUAUUUGUAUUAUUUAAACUAUUUUUGCAGUGUUGAAUUCUGAAAACUUUUUAAAGCAGAUUGUUUAUAUCUCUUUAAGGGGUGAAAUGCCUGCAGUUGACGUAAUGGAGGUUUAAUGAGAGGCGAAAAUAGCACAGUGUUGAUCCCUAACAGUGUGUCACAUCUUUAAAAAAAAAAAAAAAAAAAAAUGUGUAUUCACAUCACUUCUCCAAGUGGUUAUGUCACCAGUUUGAGAAUGAAUUUCAAAAUCAGAAAACACUUUGUUCACUCAUGUUUACAUAAAAAAAAAAAAAUUCAAAGGUGCACUGCUUUAAUUUGUUUCCCUUUCUGAAGAUGUAUGUAGCUUUUUGAUUUCAUGGUAAUGUCAUUUUGUUUGUCGUGGUAAAGAUGCAGAGUGCUCACGAAAUGUGAAGGGAAAAGUGAAGCCUUCUAUUUGCUUUUGCAUACAGUAUGUAUACAGAUUGUGUUUUGUUUUUAUUGCAUAUUCAUAAUGACUGAACUGCAUUGUGCCUCUCAUGUCUUUGAAAUUCCCUGUAAAACACACAGAGGACGAAUCAUUUUUACCUCUCAGCUAAAUUCUUUUGAGGAGGGAAAACCUCAGUAGCCAAUUUGUGUUUAGCUAUUUGCAUCAAAAACCGGCGAGUCGAGACGGAGUGCCUCUUUUAUGCUAUGAGGACUUUAUUGUUUGGUGCUCUACUUUUUCAAAUUAAAUUCAAAGUUGUUUCAAAAGAAUAUACUUCUGAGUCUGACCCAA